AUGAAGAAAGGAGAAAUCAAAAAGAGUACUGACAGUUCAGCAGCAGCCACAGCCGGCCUUCUGGCAGCCGGCGCUUAUCUCGAUGGCAAAUAUCAGCUCACUCGGGAUGCCAAAGCCUUCCUCAAGCAGAAGCUUGCCGAGAAAUCAUAUGCGGCAGCAGUAGCGGCAGACCGUCUAUCACCUUGGUACCUGCUAGCAGAGACAUGUGCACGUCAACCCCAGGACCGAGCAAUCUGGACCCGUGAGCGAGAAUGGACGUACAAAGAGGUUCAUGACCAAACUGUUCGAUACGCGCAAUGGCUACUCGACGAAGGGAUCAAGCCUGGUGACCUGGUUGCGAUGUACUUGCACAAUUCUGCCGAGUUCUUGAUGCUCAUGUUCGCCACGUUGUGCAUAGGUGCUGGUCCGGCGAUGAUCAACUACAAUCUCGAAGGCAAAGCACUGUUGCACUGUUUGGAUGUGGCCCAGAGUAAGCUUUUGAUCGUCGAUAUGGAUGAAAGUUGCAGAAAGCGAAUUGGAGAAAGCCAGGCGGACAUCGAGCGAGCCGGGGCGAAGAUCGUGAUCUUGAACGACGAGCUAAAGACGAACGUCAGCAGGAGGCAGGCUGUCGUGCCGCCAGAUGAGUUGAGGAAUGGGAUGCAGGGCAGCUGGCCUUACGCGCUCAUUUAUACCAGUGGUACAACUGGACUACCAAAAGGAUGUCCUUUCACAGUGGCAAGAACGUGGCUGAUUGGCUCUCAUCUGGAACCUAACUUCGGAUGUCAAAAGGGAAAAGACUGCUGGUAUUGCCCUAUGCCUCUCUAUCACGGAACAGGACUCAUUACCACUACUGUCAAUCUCAUGGCGGGCGUUGGAUGCGCCAUUGUCCCUCGCUUCUCAGUCAAGAACUUCUGGCCCGACGUCCACGACAGUGGCGCGACAGCAUUCAUCUACGUCGGCGAAACAGCCCGAUAUCUCUUAGCAGCUCCCACACACCCUCUAGAACGCUCUCACAAACUCCGACUCUGCUACGGAAACGGAUUGCGACCCGACGUCUGGCACAAAUUCCAAGAACGAUUCAACAUCCCCGAAGUCGCAGAAUUCUUCAACUCCAGCGAAGGCGUCUUCGGGUUAAUCGUCUGGGCAAGAAACAAAUACAGUAGCGCUUGCGUCGGCCACCAUGGACUCAUCUUUCGAACCCUCCUCCAUAACGUCUACAUUCCCGUAGCAGUAGACCCAGAAACCGGAGACAUUUGGCGCGACCCCAAAACAGGUUUCGCAAAACGAACCCCGUACACAGUCGGAGGCGAAAUCCUAGUCGCCGUUCCCGGCAAAGAAGCUUUUGGAGGUUAUUGGAGAAACCAAGCGGCCACAGACAAAAAAUUCGCGGUGGAUGUCUUCAAAAAGGGAGAUCUGUACUACCGUUCCGGCGACGCACUACGAAGGAGUGAUGAUGGUCAUUGGUACUUCCUCGACCGUCUCGGCGACACUUUCCGCUGGAAAUCCGAAAACGUGAGCACCGCCGAAGUCGCAGAAGUUCUGGGCCGUUUCCCAGGGAUCAGCGAAGCGAAUGUCUACGGCGUUAUGGUUCCAGGACAUGAAGGUCGAGCGGGUUGCGCGGCACUUCACCUCGAAAACUCAAACGACGCAACUCCCGCAUUCUUCCGAGAUCUCCUCGCACAUUGCAAGAAGAAUUUGCCGAAAUAUGCUGUUCCGGUGUUUCUGAGGAUCGUGAAGAGUUCGAGUCAUAUUCAUAAUCAUAAGCAGAAUAAGGUGGGAUUGAGAAAGGAAGGUGUGGAUCCUGAGGCUGUAGGGACGAUUGAGAGGAGUGGUGGGGAUGAUGUGUUUUUAUGGUUGGAUCCGAAGACGAAUAGUUAUGAAAGUUUUGGAAAGCCCAGCUGGACGAGUUUGAGUCGUGGUGAGGUUAGAUUAUGA